GGCCGGGAGCGGGGCGGGGCGGCCGGCAGCGGGACCGGGAUCGGGCCGGGGAGCGCCGAGAGGGGCUGCGUACUUUGUGAGGGUGAAGUGGCUCUGGAAGGUCACACAGCCAUCUUCUCCAGGCGGGUGCUGCAGCUUGCUGGCAUCAAGGACUUCGGGAAUACAGGUUUGAGCUUUCUAGAAGAUGAAGCCCUGGCUGCAGUUGGUGUUCUUCACCAGUGUUUUCUUGAUCUGGCAUGCAGAAGCAGAAUUCUUCACUUCAAUAGGUCAAAUGACAGAUCUGAUUUAUGCAGAGAAGGACUUGGUACAGUCUUUGAAAGAAUACAUCCGAGCAGAAGAGACCAAACUGUCUCGGAUUAAAAGCUGGGCUGAAAAAAUGGAUGUGCUGACGAGCAAAUCCACCUCGGAUCCAGAGGGGUACCUGGCACACCCUGUGAAUGCUUAUAAGCUGGUGAAGCGUUUAAAUACUGACUGGCUGGAAUUAGAAAACCUGGUUCUUCAGGAUACAACAAAUGGCUUUAUCACAAAUCUCACAAUUCAGCGCCAGUUCUUUCCAACUGAAGAAGACGAGACAGGGGCUGCCAAGGCUCUGAUGCGCCUGCAGGACACGUACAAACUGGAUCCUGAAACUCUCUCUCGAGGGAACUUACCAGGAACAAAAUAUAGGUCGUCUUUGACAGUGAGUGACUGCUUUGGUAUGGGCAAGACUGCUUACAAUGAUGGUGACUACUAUCACACAGUACUGUGGAUGGAGCAAGCCUUAAAACAGCACGAUGAGGGGGAGGAUACUACAGUCAGCAAAGUGGAGAUCCUGGAUUAUCUCAGCUAUGCUGUCUUCCAGUUUGGGGACUUGCACAGAGCCAUGGAGCUUACGAGGCGCCUGAUAUCCCUUGACAGUACUCAUGAGAGAGCGGGCAGCAAUCUGCGGUACUUUGAGAAGCUGCUGGAGAAGGAGAGAGAGAAGCCCUCAAACAAGACAGCGGCCACAACUGAACCAGUGGUGCAAAGUGGUGCCUAUGAGAGACCUCUUGACUACUUGCCAGAGCGCGAUAUCUAUGAGGCCCUCUGCAGAGGUGAAGGGGUGAAAAUGACACCUCGGAGGCAGAAAAGGCUGUUCUGUAGGUACCACGAUGGAAACAGAAACCCCCAUCUGCUCAUAGCUCCCUUUAAAGAAGAAGAUGAAUGGGACAGCCCUCAUAUUGUACGCUACUAUGAUGUCAUGUCUGAUGAGGAAAUUGAGAAAAUUAAACAACUGGCGAAACCAAGGCUGGCACGAGCCACAGUUCGUGAUCCCAAAACCGGUGUCCUUACAGUGGCUAGCUACAGGGUAUCAAAAAGUUCAUGGUUGGAGGAAGAUGAUGAUCCUGUUGUGGCUAAGGUGAAUCAACGAAUGCAGCAGAUCACGGGGUUAACAGUGAAAACAGCUGAGCUGUUGCAGGUUGCUAAUUAUGGAAUGGGAGGGCAGUAUGAGCCACACUUUGAUUUUUCUAGGCGACCCUUUGACAGCACUCUCAAAUCGGAAGGAAAUAGGCUAGCGACGUUUCUUAACUAUAAAGAUGAGCCAGAUGCUUUCAAGCGGUUAGGGACUGGAAAUCGUGUGGCCACUUUUUUAAACUAUAUGAGUGAUGUGGAAGCUGGAGGAGCUACAGUUUUCCCAGAUUUUGGGGCAGCCAUAUGGCCCAAGAAGGGAACAGCAGUAUUUUGGUACAACCUAUUCAGAAGUGGUGAGGGUGAUUACAGAACAAGGCAUGCAGCUUGUCCAGUGCUAGUAGGGUGUAAAUGGGUUUCAAACAAAUGGUUUCAUGAAAGAGGAAACGAAUUCUUAAGACCUUGUGGGAGAACAGAGGUUGACUGAUAUCCAGCCUGCUGCAGACCUUUGUUUCUUUGUCUCCUUUUCUACUGUUGGUCCUUCCAGUUCAUUUCUAAGAAAUGAUCCAUUUCUUUUUUUCCCCCAAGAGUCCUGGCACUUGUCACAAAAAGACAAAUGUAACACCUGUGAGUGAAAGUAAAUGGCUUUGUACACAUCUCUUGUCUUCAGUUGCUGUCAUUUGUCUCCACCUUCCCUCUCCCCUGCCACUUCCAUCACUUUACUGGUCUUCCACCCUCAGCGUUCUGUUUGGUAAUGGUGCAAACGAUGCUGUGGGUGAUGCGGAAUGCUUGGGUGCCUGGUCUUGUGCCUUUUGUACCUCAGAAGUUUUAGAUGUUAAAUAUUUCUUCAAACCAAAGUUUUUUUAAGUUUUGUGUACAUGUUAAUUUUAUUGUAUUGCUAUGGACUAUGAGUUUUGAAAUAAAUGUUCUUUCAAA